AUGAAGCGCGGUAUAUUGUCUGCCUCGGCGAUAUUGGCCUUGUCGGCGUAUGCCAACGCGACGCCUUCGCCCAAUUCAAGACCAGAACCGAUCCAUGUGCCCUUGCGCAGGCGUGCGGGACGCAUGAGCCUGGAGAAGCUGCGCGCCCACGCGGACUUUGUCAGAGCGAAGUACAAUUACCCGACGAUCAAUCCGAGCAGCAGGAGAAAGCGAGGGAACACCGCCGGGAUCUCCAUCAUCGAUCAGGACACGGACUCGUCGUACAUCGGCGAGGUCAACGUGGGCACGCCGACGCAGACGUUCAAGGUCGUCCUCGACACGGGCUCGUCCGACUUCUGGCUCGCCUCCAGUUCGUGCACGCAGUGUCCCUCCGGCAUCCCGGAGUACGACUCGUCUUCGUCUUCGUCGUUCAGCGCCGCGAGCUCGUCCUCGUCCGACUCGGUCGACAUCCCGUAUGGCUCGGGCGAGGUCGCCGGGUCGCUUGCGACCGAGACGGUCGAGAUGGGCGGGUUCGAGGUCAGCGGGCAGACGUUUUUGCUCGUGGACGAGAUGACGUCCGGACUCCUGGACGGCGACGUGUCCGGGAUCAUGGGUCUCGCGUUCGAGAGCAUCGCCGCGACGGAGGCGACGCCGUUCUGGCAGACGCUCGUCAACAACGACCAGCUGACCAAUCCGGAGAUGUCGUUCUGGCUCGAGAGGGUCCUCGGCACCUCCGACACGGACGAGGAGCAGUUCGGCGGGAUCUUUACGCUCGGUGGGACGAACACGUCGUUGUACUCGGGCGACAUCGAGUUCAUCGAUUAUCCGAGCGGCGUGACGGAGUCGUACUGGCUCCUCGAGACGAGCAAGAUCACUGUCGGCGGCUCGUCCAUUUCUAUCCAGACCGGCUCCAACGCGCUCGCGGCCAUCGACACCGGCACGACGCUCAUCGGUGGUCCCACCAACGACGUUGCGAACUUUUGGGCAGCCGUCGACGGCUCGCAAGCUCUCACAGGCAACAACGCCGGGUUCUAUGCGUUCCCGUGCUCGGCGACGAUCAACGCUACGUUUGCGUUCGGCGGCAAGGAUUGGGCGAUUAAUCCGACAGACAUGAACGUUCAAGAGCUCUCGAGCUCGCUGUGUCUCGGCGCCGUGUUCGACCUCAGCCAGGGCAGCAACGUUGGAGGGAGCGGUACGCCCGCAUGGGUCGUCGGCGAUACCUUCCUCAAAAACGUGUACUCGGUGUUCCGCAGCAGCCCCGCCGCGAUCGGAUUCGCGGAGUUGUCGACGACGGCGGGUGGAUCGGGCACUUCGACCGGUGAGCUCUCAAUCAUCAGUUCGGGUCGGGGCGAGUUUGUGUAUGGGAACGGAUUGGGUGACGCGAACCGCGUUGGGUCUUCGUUUUCGCAGGAAACUCGGCUUCCGCGUCUGCUUCGGCAACGGGAAAGACGACUAGCGCCCACGGCGUCGGCACGCUGUCGACCGUUAUUGCGUCGGGCACGGCGACCGCGAGCAGUCCGUAUCCGCCUUCCCGCGUUAAUCCGUCCUGUCAAAAUACGAUGUGCUGACGAACUUCUUCAUAACGUAGGCACGGACUCGAGCUCGUCGUCUUCGUCGAGCAGCAGCAGCGCGGCGGUGAAGGCGAAGGUCGACGGCGCGUUAUCGACGGGUUUGGUGGUGUCCGCGCUCGUAGUGCUCGCCUUCGGUUGGUGA